AUGUCGUCCAUUCUUGGCGUCCCAGCAGUUGUAAAUCGUGAUCCGAAUCCUUACUUUUCUGGUCAGUUAAGACAUCACAAUUCAGACUGUGCUACUGAAAGCGUUGGUUAUCGAGGAACUCCCUACAAUUCAGUGAAUGUUUCAUCUACCCGUGAUGUAACACACAGUCCAUUAACCUCACAUCUGACGUCCAAAGAUUCACUUCCUAUAUGCACUGGAUGCAGACGUAGCAUUUCAGACCAAUAUCUUUACCGUAUUCAUGGCUUGGCUUGGCAUGAAUCAUGUGCGGUUUGCUCAGUAUGUUCAUCAGAACUUGUGGAGGUAUGCUUUAUUGUCAAUAAAAAUGAGUUAUUGUGCCGCAGAGACUAUGAUCGCCUUUAUGCAACUAAAUGUGUGAACUGUCGGCAGCCAAUGCGAAGCCAUGAAUUAUUUAUGCGUGCAAAACACUCAAUAUCACUAACAAGAAACUCAUCUAAUCAAAUUGCUUUGAACUCUUCAAGUCAAGAACUAAUUUUCCAUGUCUCCUGUUUUACAUGUUGUAUAUGUCAACAACCUAUAGCAGCUGGUGAGGCAUAUAUUAUUGAUCCAGUCACGUGUCGACCGAUAUGUCGUUCAGAUUUUCUCACAAAACAACAACACUUCCAACAACAACAACAACAAGAACUGAAUUCAUCUACUCUCAUUAAUAAUAAUAAUACACAUGUCGAAAUAAACGAUAACCAGAUGUUAUCAUCUACAGAGUCAUCGUCAUCAUCAUCGUCUCGGAAUUGGCAAGGAUAUAAUAAUGGACGAGAUUGUGAACAAAUGCAUCAGCCUUUAUCGAAUAUUUGCUUAUCUAGUCAACAAAAUGAAUGUGACAAUGAUAUUGAAUUGAUGAGUAAUAAAACUGAUUGGCCGCCUAAUCAAAACCAUCUUGAUCAUAGUUAUAAUUCAUUGAAUAGUAGUGGAGGAUUCGGUUCAAUGAAUCGACGUAUACGAACUUCACUCACUGAUGAACAGCGUUAUCGACUGCAAGAAGCUUAUGAAUUAAAUGUUCGUCCAUCGAAAAGUAUGCGUGAAGCAUUGGCUUCAGAGCUAGGUGUACCUAUGCGGGUUGUGCAGGUAUGGUUUCAAAACCAGCGUGCACGUGAUAAACGAGCCUCUACUUUUGGUCGUGAUAAAUCAUCAUCUAUCCCACUUGUGAAUAAUCCUCAUCAACAUGAAAGACAACAAUUACAUUUUGAAGAACAACAAUCGCACCAUCAAAAUGAACAACAAUCCUCCGAUCUGUGUCCUUUUACACCAUCCCCACAUACUUCUGUUGAAAGUGGUCCAUUCCCAGAGUUUGGUGGAUUCUCUACUGAAAAUUUAGUGCGUUAUAUUCCAGAGGAUAUGCACAAUGAUCAUCAUUCUGAUGUUGUUCAACCUUGGCGAUCUGUAUCACACGCUGUCUGGCUUGUAGAAAAUGGCAAUGAACACUCAACUGUUAGAUGA